AUAGUUCUAGCGGUAGUUUCAAAGCUCUAGGUCAAGUAAGGUAACCCAGAUGGCUCUCAAAAUAUGGAAAUUCGUGUAAGCGUGCUCUUCAUAAAAGUCUAUAUAUUGAUAACCAUAUACUUCAUGGUGAUUUACUGUAUAUCCAAAAACCAUGAUUAUGAAUACUCACAUUCUUUGAAAUUAAGCAAGAUUCCUAAUGAUUCUUAUAUACUAAUCCAUACUUUGGGAGGCGAAAUUUUGUGUGUCCAUAGGCGUUCUGGACAUGUAAAGUGGAAGUUUGAUUCUGGUAUGUUCUUUUAAUUUUCUUCAUUCUGUUGGUUUAGCCUCUGCUCUUAGCGCGAGUUAUGACAAUGGCCCAUUUCUAGUUGUAGAUCCAAUAAGCGGUUCUCUCUAUGAAUAUGCAAGUUCCGUCUCAGAAUUCUUAUUUCAACUGUUGGAUCACUCCAUCAUGGGGCAUGUUCGACGUUCUCCUGCAUACUACAAAAACUUCUUAUCUCUCGGUUCUAAAUCAGACUUUUGGACUUCUGUGGAUAUGAAUUCAGGAAAAAUUUUCGAGUCAAUAUUUCAAAAUUACGUGGAUAAGUGUCCAACUUCAUUAAAUAGUGAAAAUGUUAACAACCUGCGAAAUUCUACCGAAGAAGAGAUUGAUAUAAUCAACCUUGGAAGAACUCAAUAUAACCUAGUACUUCGUGAUCGUUUUACUGGUUUGGUGAGGCUUAAUAUCACUUACAAUACGUUUGCGUCUCAUACAGAAGCAGAUUUGCAAAAUUAUGAUUUACAGCACGUUGCUAUCACUCAACCGGCUCUAUUGACCUUUGAAGGGUCUAAGUUAAUAUGGAGUCUACCGUUAUCGUCUCCUGUAAUCGGCAUGUAUGCAUUAUGGUCACCGUCUGAUACAUCAUCUAGUGUUCAUGCAACAACCGAAAACACCAAUCAUAAUAUUAAUAGCAAUAACAAAGAAUCCAUAAAAGAGACAACUAAAUUACCACGAAUCCUUAGACGUAUCGCAUUUACAACUUAUGCGUUAGAUUUACAUAAUAUGACAAAUCCUACAGAUGAUCAAAUUUAUGAUGAAUUGGAAGCAAAAUUUAAUGGAACAUUAGAUUUAGCACCUUCAUUAUAUAUUGGACGCUCAAAAUCAACUCCAGUUUAUGCUUUAAUGUGUUUAGCAGAGGCUACAUUACGAAUACGUGGUUUACGUAGAGCAUCUAAAAUGUAUAUGUUGGAAGGUCCGAAAAAUUUAGUUGUUAUGGAUAAUAAUCAACAAAUUACUACCACAAAGACUACAAUUACUACUGAUACAAAUAAUCAUAAUAAUAAUGAUAAUUAUAAUAAUUACAAAGAUAAUUGGCCAACUGGUCUAAUCGGUUUAUAUGAAUUACCUACAAGUUAUAAAAAAGCAUCAUCAUGGGAUGACAAUCGGAUAGAUGACCAACCAAUGUCUACACUGAAACGUGGCAAACGAUUAAAGCGUUUAUCGUCUAUGUCAUCGGAUGCGUCUACAAUGUGGGCUAUCAUUGUACCUCCACCUAGUCCACUAACACAUCCAACGGAAACUGUAAAUUCUUCGAAAAUUACAAUAUUACGAGAUAUACUGGUUAACAAGACUUGCAUCAAUGGUAUUGACAAUUAUUCUGAUGAUAAACAUGCAAAGAUUACUCCUACUAAUAAAUUAUUUUGGUUAUUGUCAAUGUUCUUCACUGUAUUGUGUAUACUUUCUGUAUUUGUAUACUUCAUCAACAAUUUUGUGAAAUCUAAUACAAUCAGCUGUUUAACAUUUACUUCGAACUUUAAAACAAUAUGUAAAAAUUUCAAUAUUGUAUAUAAUGUCGUUUCAAAAUCGUACGCUACACAUAUCAACAUAAAAAAUAGUCGUCUGUCGACAAGUGCACUUAAAACAAAAACAGAUCUGUCACAAGAAACAAGUUCAAUAAUAUCAGGUCUUCUUCCAUCGCACUUCGAUACACCAGAUUCUAGUGGUUGGGCUGGGUGUUCAGCACAAGAAGUUGGACAACCGGAACCAAUUCGUUUCAAUUUAAACAAAGUUUUGGGUCAUGGGGCAAACGGUACUAUGGUUUUUGCUGGAACUUAUGGACCACAUGAAACAGCUGUUAAACGUAUUGUAAGACAUCCUUUAUUAGAAAAACAUUGGCGUCGUGAACAUGCCAUAUUGUUAAAGCAUCAGCAUCCACAUUUAGUUCGUUGUUACUGGACAGGUAGUACGGCAAACUUUCACUAUUUAGUAAUGCAAAGGUGUUCAUUGAGUUUAAAUGAAGCAUUAACAUCCCUGAGUUCAAAUGCAUUGCAAUCAGAUGACAUCAAUUCAACUGAUCCAAUUAAGACAUCUUUACUCAAUGAUUUAGGUUUAACUCCAGUACAAAUUAUUCAUCAAUUUAUUUUAGCGGUUGCAUGUUUACAUCGUAAUCAAAUUGUUCAUCGAGAUUUGAAACCAAGUAAUAUACUUAUAAUUUUGGAUAAUAAUUCUAAUAAAGUGAAUAAUAAUAAUUCAACCGGGAAAGCACGUGUUGUGGUUGGAGAUUUCGGUUUAUCUCGUCCAUUACCUACAGAUCAACACGAACAUCAAGAUACAUUCAAUUCAAUUGGACCGCACAUUUCUGUGAAAAUUCAACAAAUUAAAAGUCGUUCACUCCCUUCAACAUCAUACCAAAAUGACAGUAGUGUUGAAUUUAAUUCAUCUGAGAAUGAUAUACAAUCGGAUGUUACUAGUGUUACCAAUAAUAAUGGCAAUAAUGUUUUCGGUAUAAGUGUAAGAUAUGGUGACCAAGAAGAGUAUACUCCUGGUAUUGUUAAUAAUUCCAGAAACCCUGAUGUAAAUAACUAUCAUAGUGAUAAAAAUCAAACAUCAGAUAAUAGUGUAUGCUUCACUUUUGGUACACUUGGUUGGAUGGCGCCAGAACUGUGCGAUGCAGAGUCAGCCUCACAAGUGACUUGUGCAAUUGAUAUAUUCGCUUGUGGUCUAUUGGCUUAUUAUGUUUUAACUUUUGGUAAACAUCCAUAUGAUUACUGUAGUAAAGAGUUGAGUAAAUUUCAAAUUGACAAAAAUACCCAAUCAACAACUGUAUGUUCGUCAGUGUCAUCCUCGUCAUCUUUUACUACUAGUAGUAGUGGUGGUGGGGACAGCAGCUCUGACACCGUAAAUGAAGUUAAAUCAUUCAGAUGUACCACUUUAAGCCGUCAACAUGAACGACAGUUGGCAAUAGCUGAACGUCGUCUACCUAAUUUGGACAUUUUGACCGAGAAUCCAACCAAUGUUCAUGAAAGCUAUUUAGCUCGUUACCUUGUACAAACAAUGCUUUCAUCUAAUCCUAACGAUCGACCAACAGCCGAAGAGAUCACUUACUAUCCAUUGUUUUGGUCACCAAAUAAAGUCAUACGCUUCAUAUCGGAAUUAUCAAAUGUUAUGGAUAUUAAAGAUUUGUCAUUUGACAUUACAUCUCAAAGUUACACUGCUACUAAUCAUUCAGUUGACUCUGCUGACGGAAACUGCCUCCAAGACAAUAAUAAUAAUAAUAAUAAUAAUAAUAAUAAUAAUGGAGGUAGUGCAUCUACUACUAAUUAUCAGUCAGUUAGACAACAACGUUUCGAUAAUUAUCAUCAACAACAAAUGUUAAAUGAUCUUAUUCGUUAUAGAAAUUGGGUAUUUAAUGAACAUUGGUUCGCUAGACUAGAACCUGAACUGGUUGAUAAUUUAUUAAGUAAUAGAAGCUAUCAAGACACUUCUCUUUUAUACCUUCUACGUGCAAUACGCAAUAAACAUAAUCAUUUCUGGUCAUUACCAGAACACAUUCGUGCAAUUUAUGGUUAUAAUCAAGAAGGUAUGGCAAUUUAUUGGACAAUGCGUUUUCCUGCUCUUCUACUGCUUAUCUAUGGUUUAUGUAAUAAACACUUUACUGAUACUAUUAAUUUUUCGGAAUUUCUACCUCCAAAAUUAAUCUGUAAAGUGUUUGUCGGUGUUCCAACAAAUUGUCCAUGGUGGCCUAUUUGGAAUACCUCUAGUAUUGAUAAUAAUGAAAUAGACGAAAUUUCAAUUCAAGAGAAUAAUUCAACAAAACCACAUGUUCGGUUUAGUCAAAAUGCAAAUAAAUCAAAGAAUUUAGAUGUGAAUAGUAGAUGGAAACGUGGUGAUAUUAUGCACUCCUAUUCUUUCGAACUAAGUAAAUCACACAAUAAACCGUCAGAUAUAAUGAAUAAAUCACCUAAAAUCUCAUUAAAACAUGAAUGUGAUCAAGAAUUAAAAUAUGAGACGAUAUAUCCUGAUGAAGUGGAUCCCAAUGAUGAUGUUUGGAAUAAUACUACUGUCAAUGGUAGUCAUAGACGUCGUCGACCUAACCAACCUAAAAAAAUUCGUCCUUCUAAAAAACAAUUCACUAUACAACGACGUCAAGAUUUAAUUUCAAUUGCUGGAACUGAAUUACCUUCCAUAUAUGAGAAUAAAUAAGUACUUGUGAUAUAAAGCUUUUUCUUUUUUUUGUUAUACGAGUUUUCAUUCUUAGUACCUUAAAAGGAAGUUUUAUUAAAUAACUAAUCGUUAUACUUAAUAUUCCUUUCAAUGAACUAAACAAUCACUUCCUUUUGUUUUAUACAACAAAUUGGUUUUACCUUCCAAAAUCAACGAUAAACUUUAUACCUCUGUGUGUGUGUCUGAGUAUGUGUUUUAAUUAAACAUGUAUGGUGUUUCUCUUAUUUGUUUUGAUUAUUUGUACAUACUACUCUUAACUGAUAAAAAAAAGGUUGAAAUGUGCAGUUACUUUGAUUCAUUUGUGAAUGAUAUCGAUAUUGUUAUUUUUUAUACAUUUUGUUGAUGUUUUUUGGAUAUUCACAGAUAUAUAUAUAUUUAUAUAAAUAAAUAUGCACCAUUUUUCUGUUGUA